UUAGGGAACGACAAACUUGCGCAUGCCCAGUUGCCCUCCCUCCAGGAGCUAAUGAAUAUUUAACAACACUCGCGCUUUGAUUGGACCGAGUUUCCCGUGUUGUGUUUAGAGUCGGGCUGUUUGGGCACUGCUCCUCCGUAAAUUGACCAUCCGGCUGGUUGUCUGAGGACUGCUGUGCUUCUGUCAGUGGAGGACUCACAUCUGACUGAACAACAAUGGACGGAGGGCACCGCUAAGGAGCUGCAUCCAUGCUGUCUGGAGUUUACCGGGAAUAAUUUUGGAUUUGGUCGCUUGGUUUUAGGUUAAACAAGUCAGACCUUGUUUUAAACAGCGUGAACUUCCCCGAGGUUCGCUCAGACACUGGAUCGCAGGGAAUACGACAUCGAAGACUGCGACUGUUGUGAGGACAGAGGAUGGGGAGCCGGGGGCACUACCGGUACCACUGGCAGAGCCACAAUGUCAAACACAGCGGCGUGGAUGACAUGGUGCUGCUCAGCAAGAUCAAUGAGGACGCCAUCGUGGACAACCUCAAGAAGAGAUACAUGGAUGACUACAUCUUUACGUACAUCGGUCCCGUGCUCAUAUCUGUCAACCCCUUCAAGCAGAUGCCAUAUUUUGGGGAUAAAGAAAUUGAGAUGUAUCAAGGCGCAGCUCAGUAUGAGAAUCCUCCUCACAUCUACGCUCUGGCAGAUAACAUGUACAGAAACAUGAUGAUAGACCGUGAGAACCAGUGUGUCAUCAUUAGCGGCGAAAGCGGAGCAGGGAAGACUGUGGCAGCCAAAUAUAUCAUGGGCUACAUCUCCAGAGUGUCAGGCGGUGGACCGAGAGUGCAGCACGUCAAAGACAUCAUCCUGCAGUCCAACCCGCUGCUAGAGGCCUUCGGCAACGCCAAAACUUUGAGGAACAACAACUCCAGCAGAUUUGGGAAAUACUUUGAGAUCCAGUUCAGCUCCGGCGGUGAACCAGACGGCGGGAAAAUCUCCAACUUCCUUCUGGAAAAGUCACGUGUUGUCAUGAGGAAUCCUGGAGAAAGGAGUUUCCAUAUAUUCUACCAGUUGAUAGAAGGAGCCACCUCGGAGCAGAAGAAUAGCCUGGGAAUCACAAGCCUGGAUUACUACAGUUACCUCAAUCAGUCUGGCUCCUACAAAGUGGACGACAUCAACGACAAGAGCGACUUCCAGGAGACAAUGAAAGCCAUGGAUGUGAUUGGCAUUGCACCAGAGGACCGCUCCAUGGUGCUUCAGAUUGUAGCCGGAGUCCUGCACCUGGGAAAUAUCAGCUUCAAGGAAUCGGGAAACUACGCUGCUGUGGAGAGCGAAGAGUUUUUAGCCUUUCCUGCGUUUCUGCUGGGGAUUGACCACAUCCGUCUGAAGGAGAAACUGACGAGCCGAAAGAUGGACAGCAAGUGGGGAAGCGCGGUGGAGUCCAUCGACGUGACGCUGAACGUGGAGCAGGCGUGUUACACGCGUGACGCUCUCUCCAAAGCCCUGCAUUCACGUGUGUUUGACUUUCUGGUCGAGUCCAUCAACAAAGCCAUGGUGAAGGAUCAUCAGGAGUUAAAUGUUGGCGUGUUGGACAUUUAUGGAUUUGAAAUUUUCCAAAAAAAUGGGUUCGAGCAGUUCUGCAUCAACUUUGUGAAUGAGAAGCUCCAGCAGAUAUUCAUCGAGCUGACUCUAAAGGCGGAGCAGGAGGAGUAUGUGCAGGAGGGCAUCAAGUGGACUCCUAUAGAAUACUUCAACAACAAGAUUGUGUGCGAUCUCAUCGAGAGCAAAAAUCCUCCUGGCAUCAUGAGCAUCCUGGAUGAUGUUUGCGCCACCAUGCAUGCCGUGGGCGAGGGGGCCGACCAGACGAUGCUGCAGAAGCUCCGAGUCCAGAUCAACACCCAUGAACACUUCAACAGCUGGAAUCAGGGCUUCAUCAUCCACCACUAUGCUGGCAAGGUGUCCUACGAUGCGGAAGGUUUCUGUGAGAGGAACCGAGACGUCCUCUUUACCGACCUCAUCGAGUUGAUGCAGAGCAGUGAAAUUAGCUUCAUCAGAGCACUAUUUCCGGAAAACCUCAAUGCUGACAAGAAGGGUCGACCCACAACUGCAGGCAGCAAAAUAAAGAAACAAGCCAACGAUCUGGUGAGCACACUGAUGAAAUGCACGCCGCACUACAUCCGCUGCAUCAAACCAAAUGAGACCAAGAAGCCCAGAGACUGGGAGGAAAGUCGGGUGAAGCACCAGGUGGAGUAUCUGGGUCUGAAGGAAAACAUCAGAGUGAGGCGUGCUGGCUACGCCUACCGCAGGGUCUUCAGGAAGUUCCUCAACAGGUACGCCAUCCUGACCAAAGAAUCCUGGCCAACAUGGCGGGGAGACGAGAAACAAGGCGUCCUUCAUCUCUUACGGUCUGUCAACAUGGACCAGGAUCAGUUCCAGCUCGGCCGCACCAAGAUCUUCAUCAAAGCCCCCGAGUCGCUGUUUCUGCUGGAAGAGACGAGGGAGCGCAAGUUUGACGGCUACGCCCGGACCAUCCAGAAAGCCUGGAGGAAAUAUGUGGCCCGCAAGAAGUAUGUUCAGAUGAGGGAAGAAGCUUCCGAUCUGCUGCUGAACCGAAAAGAGAGGCGGCGACACAGCCUCAACAGAAACUUCGUAGGUGACUACCUCGGUAUGGAUGACCGGCCUGAGCUCCGGCAGUUUCUUGGAAAGAGAGAAAAGAUCGAUUUUGCAGACAAAGUCACAAAAUACGACCGUCGCUUCAAGGCAAUUAAGAGAGAUUUGAUCCUGACACCAAAAUCUGUGUACCUGAUUGGAAGAGAGAAGGUGAAACAGGGGCCAGAGAAAGGGCAGGUGACAGAGGUGCUGAAGAGGCGGAUCGAUGUGGACAAGAUCUUAGCGGUGUCUCUGAGCACAAUGCAGGACGACGUCUUGAUACUGCACGAGCAGGAGUACGACAGCCUGCUGGAGUGCAUUUUUAAGACCGAGUUCAUCAGCUUGCUUGCUCAAAGGUUUGAGGAGAAAACCCAGAGGAAGCUACCGCUUAAGUUCAGUAACACACUGGAGAUGAAGUUGAAGAAGGAGAACUGGGGCUUCUUGAGUGGCGGCGGCUCCAGGCAGGUCACAUUUGUCCAAGGUCAGGGAGACAUGCCUGUCCUGAAGCCUUCGAGCAAAUCUCUGCAGGUCAGCAUCGGACCCGGGCUUCCCAAGAAUACACGCCCAACCAGGAAGAGCUUCACUCAGAGUCGCUCAAACAUGUCCAGAAGCCACCAGCACACCCCAUCACGAGCUGCACCGGGACCUCCAGUUUCACACCAGAACGGUGGCAUAAAAAACACCAACCAUGUCACCAAUCAGAGAAAUUCACAGCAUCACAGCAAGAGGCAUCCAUCGUCCCACAACUCAGCGCACCCAGUCCUGCCCAGCAACAUCAACCAGGUGAAGGAGCGAGGCGGCAGUCGCCAGCAGCCGAACUUAGACUGUCUGAGAGUCCCCGAUCAAGGAGCAGCAGGUCCUGGAGGCAGACCGCCCACUUCAAACGGAGGAAUGGCCCACAGACCGUCAGCCAGCAGGCCUCCGCCGGGAGGAGGACGACCCAAGCCUGCACCCAAACCCAAGCCCCAGGUGCCCCAGUGCAGAGCUUUGUACGCCUACGAUGCUCAGGACACAGACGAGCUCAGCUUCAACGCUGACGACGUCAUCGACAUAAUCAAAGAGGAUGUGUCCGGGUGGUGGACAGGACGCCUUCGUGGGAAGCAGGGACUUUUCCCCAACAACUACGUCACCAAGAUCUAGGAGCUGCAGGUUUCACAGCACACGGAGGAGAGAACGCUUCAUCCCAGCUGACCUUCUCAGAGGAAGGGGCGGAGCUUAGAAGCUUACAGUUGGAGAGAGAAGCACAAUGAGACACUUCCUCCACUUUACUGCCUUAGAGUACACGAAUGUAACUCCCGGUUACACCAGCAGACUAAAAGAUCAUCGAGCUUGAAAUGAGGCUCUAAAGACAAAGAAGACUGUUUGACCGAGGGUCUGAUUUCUUUUCCCUUCACAGUCCCUCUGAGUACUGAACAAAACUAUUUAUUGUAUUUAUAGCUUCUGUGUUCUCCUUACUGUCAUUUAUAUCUUGCUGAGAACUUUUAGCUCAAAACAUUUUUGAAGCGCUGGAAUGAAAUCUGCUAAAUCUGUGGGACCAGGCUGUGAUUUUUACUCUCAACACGUUGUUUCGUUUAGCUUGUUUUAGAUGAAGGUUUGAUUGCCGAAGCAAACGUGGAUGUGUCCGUGUCAAAAAUGAAGUGACUGCUGUUUUACCAGGAAAUAUUUAUUUUUGGUGCAAAACUGUAACUACUUUCCAGGAACAGAUAUUCAUUAAAUCGCCACACUGUGAUUUCUAAUGAUUAGAAAUACCAAAGCAAUACCCAAACCAGUCAAAGGGCAGUGUAGUAAAGUGGUUAAUCACUAUGUCUUUGCUUUUCUAGCACACCAGUAUAUUAGACUAACAGUAGAGGCCAUGUAUACUGUAACCUGAGCAUGCUGUCUGCGGUCUAUUAGCACUUUAUUAGCACCGGUACUACCUUGGACACAGACAUCGUUCAUGCCACAGCCAGUAAGUCAAGUUGAUGAAGGACAAGUUGCCAAGAUAGCAAUAAGUCGCUUUGGUAAUUAAUUUGUUUACAUUAAAUGUUAAAAACAGGCAUUUUAGAUCUGAUUCUGUAUAUGUGUUCAUAUGUAGGAGGAUGCCUGGUGCUGGUUAGAAUUUAAAUUAAAUAUUUUUUUGUUUUGUAUUUUCUCUGAAGGAUUUUAACAUGCUGGUUUUCAUCUGCCUUUGUUGCUCACAGAUCUGCUUUAUUUCCUGUUCCGCUCGGUGUGGUUACUAUCACAGAUCACGGUGAACGGAUUUUUGUUUCGUCAAGUGCACCGAUUUGUUUUUAGGUGAAUUUGUUGGCAUUUUUCCCUGUGGCGCUGCAAACUAUUUAACUUGUGCUCGACUGUUUCUGCACAUCUUUUUGCACUGCUUUCAUUACUUACACAUUCCUUUUUUUUUCCAAAUAAAAUAACCACAUUAUACUCUGGUCAGUGACAACUGCUGGGACUUCUGUCAUAAAACCUCUGCAUCAUGAAAUAUAGUUUGAACAGAUGGUGGAAAGUAUCCUUGUGCAAUACACAACAGUAGAUCAGUCCUUUAAUAAAGCAUGUAAUACUGCAUAUUUAA